CAUAAUUAUUACUCUGUAAUAGUUUCUUAUUUAAAAUAGUAUUACUAUUUAAAUUUUUUUUAUAAUUAUUUAAUUAAAUGAAGCAUAAAUUGAUACGUUAUGCAACUAAGACUACGUAAAUAAAACAAAAAUUUAGUCAUGGGUAAAUCAAUUUUUACAAAAUGUUCUCCAAACAGUUCUACAACUAGUUAUUUGACCGAAUUACCUACUUCUACUUAUAAGCAGAUAGAAAAUAAUAGUAAUACAUUCAAAGUUCUUUCAAAAUAUAAAAUUGUUGCUUUGCUAUCAAUAAAAAUUUUUAUUUCCUAUGGUGCUUUUGCUUUAAUAGCUCCUUUUUUUACAAUGGUGGCUAAAACCAAAGGAGUAAGUCAAACAAUAUCUGGAUUAAUAUUUUCCAUUUUUGCUCUGGUAGUGUUUUUUACAGCACCUCUCAUUGGAAAGUCUGUGUCAAAAUUUGGUGUAAAAUUCACAUUAAUAAUUGGUUGUUUUAUUGAAGCAUACACUGAGAUUCUAUUUGGGUACACUUCACUUAUAACUGAUCUUAAUACAUUUAUUGUUUACUGUUUUCUUAUUCGAUCUGCAACAGCAUUUGGUACUGCGUGUACUCAAACAGCUGAAUUAGCAUUAGUUGCUGUAGUGUUUAAAGAAAACAAAGCUAGUAUUAUGGGAAUACUUGAAAUCUUUACUGGUGGUGGUUUGAUGACAGGUCCAAUUUUUGGUGGAAUAUUGUACACGGUAGGAGAUUUUAAACUUCCAUUUGUGGUGUAUGGUGGUCUGACAUUUUUUCUUCUUGUACUUCUAUUCUAUAUACUGCCAAAUAAAUAUGAGCUGUCAUCAUUUGAAGACUCUAGCUUUCAAACACAAAUUUCAAUUACAAAAACACUUUGUUUACCUGGAAUAUUUUUAGUCUGUUUAGUUAUUGUGUUAUGUGCAACUAUGAUAACAUUUAUUGAACCAUUGUUGACUUUACAGCUUAUGAAAAUAACGAAAAAUGGGUUGUCAAGUGAUAAAGUGGGUUACUUCUUUGCUAUAAUGCCUGGUACUUAUACUUUCAUGUCACCUAUAAUUGGUUUCCUUGCAGAUAAAAGGAUUAAAAGUCGUUAUAUGAUUAUUAUGGGACAAGUGUUAUCAAUAACUGCAAUAUUAUUUCUUGGUCCAACUCCUUUAUUCAAGUCAUUUGUUCCUGAAACAUUGCUGACAUUAGGACUUUCACUUGGUUUUCUUGGAAUUUCAGUUUCUUGUGCCCUAAUACCAUGUUUGGCAGAUAUGCAUAUAACAGUAUUUAAUUAUGGAUAUAUUGAUUGCAUAGCAACAAGUGGAGUACUUUCAGGAAUAUUUAGUAGCUGUUUCUCGAUUGGGUCUUUUAUUGGUCCAACUUUAGGUAGUUUCCUUGCUGAAAAGUUAUCUUUUGAGUAUACUGCCACAAUUUUAGCAGGAAUAAUUUUAAUAUCGUGUGUACUUCUAAUUAUUGAAACCAUAAAAAGCAUGCGAAAUAAGCCAUUCUCUGAAUCUGAUGAUUUUAUGCAUUAAAACUUUUAUCAUUAGAAAUUACCAAUUGAUCAAUUAAGAUUUUGUCAUGCCCUAAAACAACUUUUAUUAGACGCUCAUUUCAA